AUGAGCAGACACAUAGAUUUGACCCAAAGUGUACAAUCGUCGAGUGAACGAAAUUUCACUUAUUCGAAGGCGUUUCCUUUGGUAUCCUUUUGCAAACUGCAUUAUGGACUCUACUGGAAAUGGUUCUACAAUGUCGACAGAAAUAGCACAUCCGUGCGUUUGUUUGUAAUCGGCACAAUUUGGAUUUGUAAUUUUUUUAUAGCAACCAUCACGGAUGAUGCACUUUUGAAGCUCUUCAAAUUUUCAUUUUUAUGGGGCAUAUUUUCUACGGUGUUUAUUUUGAUCUUCUUACUAUUUUCAACUAAUUAUACAACAGAAGCGUUCUAUGAUUUAAUGAACAUAAAGAACUUUUUUCAUGUUAAUAGCUUUAAUUUGGUGGCCGAUCCAUUUGGUAUUGGUCUUAUAGGUGUAUACGAUUUUGGAACUAUGUCGCCAUAUACAAUGGUGGAUAAUGCAAUACUAAUGUUCACAAUAAUAUUUAUAUGCACGGCCUUUGUCCGUUCUUUGAUAGUACGUGUGCUGUAUUUGGCUAUAACUAACUGUGUCAAAAUACCGAUGGUAGAUUCACCUCACUACUUGCUCUUUUCUAUACUGCCACUAAGCUCAGAAUUUAUGGAUGCACACAAAAUUUUCGUAUUAUAUGUAUAUUCUUACCUUUCCGCUGCAUUGGUAGCCUGUUUGGCUAUGUUUACUGCAACAUUAUCUCGAUUACUGCACAGUGAAUACCGUUCUGUGAAGAAUGUUUAUAUCGUGGGAUUAUUAUGUUUCUUGGGAUUUACACUUACCACACCUCUGACUGUGUUGACUUCAAAUAAGAUGAUGGUAAUGGUGUAUGGUCUAAACACAUGCACUCUGUGUCUUGGAGCGCUGAAGGUGGCAAUCGUUAUGUGGAUAUAUGGAGUUAAAAGAUUCUCAACCGACAUUCAUUUUUGGUUAGGUUUCAAGCCUACGCCGUUUUGGAAAUAUAUUUGGAUGGCGCUCCCUGUUUUUAUAUCGGUUUUGGGCUGCAAAAAAUUUAUUGAAGUAAUAAAUUUAAAUGAUACAGAUGGAAGAACAGCAUCUUUGUCGUGGAUAGCUUUAACGUUUAUUAUAGUAAUGAUUUUUCAAGCAAAGGUUGUAAUUAAACAUGUUUUAAAAAAUAAUAUAGUUGGCGUCUUAAAAAGUGAUUUUAAAUACGGACCUCCGGACAUAGACGAUCGUAAGAGAAGAAGAAAUUUUGAUGAUAUUGUUCAAAGCCGACAGUGCAAACACGAUUGCUUAGUAUUGGAUGAAAUAUAUGAGUGUAAUCACUUACCUCUUAUAUUUAGAAGCAAAACUGGUGCACCAAGUUCAGAAUCAUCAUUAGCGAACAUAUACGUUGAGUCGUUGACCAAAAAGCAUUCGAGUGUUUUAGACGUGUCAAUGUUACAUAUGAAU